AUGAAAUUAAAGAACAGAAACUCAACCUCUGUAGAUAAAUUGUAAAGUCUAAAACAAUAGCAAGACAACAUCAUCUAAUCUCUUAAUGAAUUGAAUGAAAAAAACUAAUCCAUCAUUAAAGACUACAUGAACAAAUAGUAAUAAUUAACAGAUUAAUUAUAAAAACAACAUCAACUAAUUACUAUCCAAGAACUAAAGUUAGCAUUGUAAAAUAAUAUUUGGACAUAAAAAGUUGGGUUCUUUUUGAAUCCAUUGUCUUAAUAAAAUGGAUAGAAGAUAACAAUCUAAUAAUAAUAAAUCUUAUUAAAGCAUUCAGAAACUAAGUUAAUCUUGAUAGAGAGAAUCUUCUAAACAGAACUUAAAAUUAUUCAAUUCUAAGAGUAAAAGAAAAUGAUCCAAAAUGAUAUUGAAGGAAGAAUCUUAUAAAUGGAUACACUCCUUAUAGAAUAUGAGGAAUUGGAAUAGAUUAUAGAUUCAUAGUAAAAUAAAUCCUAAUGCAAUAAUGUCAAAACCAUUUUUGAAAUUAACAAGACUUUGAGUCAACUUAAACACAACUAUAUAUAAUUAGCUAAUUAACGAUAAGAAAAAGAAAUACUGUAAAAUGAUAUAUAAAAAAUUAUUAACAAUCUAGAGACUCAAACUAAAUCUUUUUAAAUUGAGAAACAAAUGAAAGGUUUAUAAUCUUCUUGGUUCAAUGUAGAUUAGCUUUUCAAUUUAAUUAUAUCCAAAGCAAAAGCAGAGUAAUAACUGGAUUUAUUUAACAAUAUAGUAUUACUAAUAAAUGAGAGAAUUGUUUAAGGACUCAAAUCUAAAGCAAAUUAGAAUGAUAUCAUUGAAAAUAUUCUAUAAAUAGAAAAUGAUAAUAACUUUAGAGUAUUCAAUAGUGCCAUAUUUGGAGAAUACUUGGAUUAGGCCUAAAUAACAGAGUAUUCUUAAUUUCUGAUAAUUGAAUUGCCAAAGAGAAUCUGUAAAUUCAAAAUAGAGUCUAAACUUAAAUAGCAUAAGUACAAAAAUAAUAAAUUAAGAAUAGAACAUAACUUGUAGAUGUACAGAGACAAAUUCACCAAAUAAUGUAUGAACAAUCAAUGAUAUAAACCCAAUAUAAUCGACUUGAAUCAAAUCUACCUGUUCUAGAAUAGAAUUAAACUGCCUAAAAGUUAUAGUAGAUUUUAGAUAGGAUGAAUCACAUUGAAUGUUUGAAAUCUUAAAAUAAGACCCUUUUUGAAAUCACAUUUCCAGCAUAAAUCAAAUAAAUACAAGAUCAUCUAUUUUAGAUGGAAUAAUAGUUGCACUCUCAAAUAAAGGAAUUGCAAUAUUCAAUUUCUAUAGAAUAAGACUACUAUUAUAAAAUAUUUACCAAUUAAUCUCUGAAAUUACCAAUUUUAAUUCUCGAUUCAACGAUAGUUCAUAAUAACAUAGAGUAAUAAAUAGAAGAAAAUAGAAAGUAGUAUCAACAACAAUAGAUCUUGUAUAAUUAAAAUAUAGAAAAUCAUAGAUAAAAAUUGAAACAAUUGGAAGAAUAAGAAAGUAUAAAUGUAUCUAAUUAGAUAAAAUAUAAACAAGGUAUUUGAUUGAAUUGAAUGAAUCAAUUCUGAAGACUAAAAAAGAGAACAUUCCUCCUUCUGAUUCUCGAGACACAAGUGUUUAAGGGACAAUUUAAAUUGAUAUGUCUUAGGAGAGAACAACUCACAAAUACUCAGUUUUCAGAUCUAAAAAAUAGUUAUUUAUGAAUGAACCAACUGAUAGAAGUCUUUCUACAUAUAGUUUUUUGGGACAUAGAUCAUCUGAUCCAUUAUGUUCAAAAACCAAAUUAGCUUUGAAACAACAAACUAGUUUAUCAUCUUAAGCAUCUCAAAAAAAUCCAUUGUUAUCACCUCAAUCGAAUAAUCACCAUAUAUCUAUAGAACAAUCAUUAAGUUUACAUGUAUUUCUUAAUCUAAUAAUUAAUAGUCUUCUGCUAGAAGAUUUCCAGAAUAUCAAAUGGAAAAAUCUCCUCCAUCUUAAGUAAAAGGAGAAAAGAUCUUCAAAGUAUUAAAAAGAGUAUAACGACAAUAAUCCACUAAUAAUAAGAAUGGAUUUUCAGCAUUUUCAAGCAAAUUUGUUAAGUAUAAUUAGAAGAUGAAGUUUUUGGAAUUCUAUAAUUCAAACAAAAUGAUUCAUGAUUUGGGAUAAAAAGAAUCUGCUUUAUGUUUGAAACAGAUUAGAGAAGUUAAAUAAAGUUAAUAAUCGUUAGUUUUAGUGAUUUCGAAACAUCAAUCAAUAGAAUUAGUAUUUAGUAAGUAUGAGCAAUUGAAUGAGUUUAUGAAAAUGAUAACAUAGUGA